AUGGCUCCGCCUCCUCCCACGAGUCUGUCCCAAGCCUUGGACUUUCCGCUGUCCACCGGCCCCUCAACCACGCUGCAGCUCCCCUCGGACAUUGGCAUCGGCAAUGUGACGAUCGGAGGCUAUAUCGCCUGUGCAAUGGCCAAAUAUGCCCUCCACUAUGCCCGCCACCAUCCGAAGAUGCAGCAUCAGGUGGAUCUUCGCUCAGCGGUGGUGCAGUUCUAUCGGCCCGUGUUCCCUACCAAGCCGAUGACAAUGACUUUGCGGGAGGUCAGUGUUGGCAAGGGAUGGUCCACCUUGCGUGUCGAGUCAUUCCAGGGUGAGAAGUUGACGACUUCGGCGGAUCUGGUAAUCACCAAUUUUUCAAUCGAAGGCGUAACGCUUCAAACAGGCUGGCGUCCCUCACCGGAGCCCAAACCCAUAGACCUGACGAAACUCGCGACCGACAGCCAUCCCGACUGGAUCUCCUACCACUGCGCCUUCUACCCCGAUGGGUUUCGACGGGGCCAUUCCUACGCCAAGGCCUUCAUCCCAAGGACCCCACGGGGCGAAGCCACUUUCAUCGAGCAAUGGAUUGAACCGGGCUGGGAUUGCCACCCACAGGGCUCUCUGGUCCGGAAAGGGGCAGGAACCGAUACCUAUGCGCGCUGGACCAAUGAGAUGAUUCAAUUCAUCGUGGAUAUGCCGCUUCCAAUCCAAGAAAAUCUUUUCCCGCCCAUAGAAGGCAAGCCAUCGACAGGAAGCAUAGCGGCCACACUCGAGUUUGCCGAACAGCAGCAGAACGCGCGCCGGGAAGGCCGAGAAGAUUGGAGAGCGCUGGAGGAUGACGGCUCAAAGAGGCUCAAGGCCAGAAUGGUCAAUGUCUCGUUGAUGUUGUCCACGGAGAUCAAGCAACGGCUGCCUCCGGAGGGCGUUCGCUGGCUUUACCUGCGAAACGAAUGCAAGCGCAUUCUGAAUGGACGGAUGGAUAUGGAGGUUUUGUUGUUUGACGAGAAGAUGGAUUUGAUUGCGAUCAGUCAUCAGACAGCGGUCCUGAUUCCUCCGGCUUCUAAGAUGCAGAAGUUGUAA